AUGGAGACGGCUGGAUCACCUGUCACAGGUGGAUCACCUGACACAGGUGGAUCACCUGUCACAAGUGGAUCACUUGUCACAGGUGGAUCACUUGUCACAAGUGGAUCACCUGUCACAAGUGGAUCACCUGUCACAGGUGGAUCACCUGUCACAAGUGGAUCACUUGUCACAAGUGGAUCACCUGUCACAAGUGGAUCACCUGUCACAAGUGGAUCACCUGUCACAAGUGGAUCACUUGUCACAAGUGGAUCACUUGUCACAAGUGGAUCACCUGUCACAAGUGGAUCACCUGUCACAAGUGGAUCACCUGUCACAAGUGGAUCACUUGUCACAAGUGGAUCACCUGUCACAAGUGGAUCACUUGUCACAAGUGGAUCACCUGUCACAAGUGGAUCACUUGUCACAAGUGGAUCACCUGUCACAAGUGGAUCACUUGUCACAAGUGGAUCACCUGUCACAAGUGGAUCACCUGUCACAAGUGGAUCACCUGUCACAAGUGGAUCACUUGUCACAAGUGGAUCACCAGUCACAAGUGGAUCACUUGUCACAAGUGGAUCACCUGUCACAAGUGGAUCACCUGUCACAAGUGGAUCACUUGUCACAAGUGGAUCACCUGUCACAGGUGGAUCACCUGUCGCAGGUGGAUCACCUGUCAUGAAUGGAUCAUCGGUGCAUACAUGGCAUAUACGUGUUUAUACAUGCCCCAGUGCUUGGUGUAUACAUAACCCCCGUGCUUGA